AAAAUAAAAAAGAGGACAAUUAGGAAACUGGACCUUGAAAUAAAAAAACUUGAGAGGGAGCUCCAAGAAGAUGACACAGCUCAAAAUAAAAAUUAGCAAUCAGUACAACCAAGUCAUCGUUAUAAGGCAUCGCCCUCUUUUGCCCACCCCCCCAGCACCAGGUGUGGCCACUGGCCUAUAUGAAGGCCCAAAAUUGUGUGUUCCUUUCUGCUCUGACAAUGGCAUGCCCAUUCGUGCGAGAUGUGGUGGAUGAAGAAGCACUUGUGCUGAGGAGAGCCUUCAGGCGAGAAAGGGUCUUCAGGGACCGGUUGGACCCACUGGCCUUCCCUGAUGACCAUCUAUAUGAAAGAUACAGGUUUUCUGCAGAUGGCAUCAGGUAUCUAUGCAGACUACUGGGUCCCAGGAUUAAGCACCGCACUGCACGGAGCCAUGCACUGAGUGUGGAGCAAAUGGUUUGUGUGGCCUUGCGCUUUUUGCUAGUGGAGCCUUCCUGUACUCAGUGGGGAUGCAGAACAGCUGAACAAGGCCACAAUUUGCCGCACAAUAAGGAGUGUGUGUCUGGCUAUCAAAGCAUUAGCAGAUGUCUUCAUCUCCUUCCCUGGCCACAGAAGACUCUGUGACAUCAAAGAGGAGUUCUAUAGGAUUGCAGAUGGUCUGCAAUGCUGACUGUGUGAUCAGCAAUGUUGUGGCAAAAUGGCCUGGCUCAGUCCAUGACUCCAGAAUCUUUCGGGCCUCUGAAAUCUAUCAGUGCCUAUCACAAGGUGAAUUCUCUGGUGUGUUGCUGGGAGACAGGGGGUAUGGCUGCCAGCCUUUUCUCCUGACACCUUUCACAGACCCCCAGGAAGCACAGCAGGCCUACAACCAUGCCCAUGCCAGGACCAGGGCCAGAGUUGAAAUGACCUUUGGCCUCCUGAAGGCACGCUUUCACUGCCUUCACAAAUUAAGGGUCAGCCCUGUUAGGGCAUGUGAUAUUACUGUGGCUUGUGCUGUCCUCCACAAUGUGGCCUGCCUGAGGAAGGAGAGGGCCACCAGCCAUGGACUGGGACAAUCCGGCAAUCUUCCCUGAUGACGACAGUGGUCGGCUGCUGAGGGACCAAUAUGUGUUGAAUUAUUUUAGUUAGUAUGUGUGCUUUCAAUUUUGGUUAAAUAUGUCCUGCGGUGGCAGACGGAAUUUGUUUUUUUUUUUGGGUUCGUUUUUUGACGAAUUUGGCCUCUUAUGAUGUUUGUGCGGUAUACUGUGUGUAAUACAAGGCUGCAGGGAGGCUACUGCAUCCAUUCAUUUGUCUGUUCAGUUGAUGUGUAUGGAUUUGUCCUGCAUUUAUUUUAGUGUGCAGACAUGCAGGGUGUGUUAUAUACAGACCUUUGAAUGUGUAUGUAUCAUUUUGUAUAAUAUGCUUGGAUUCUGUGCUUUCCAUCUUGUAGAGUCACUGUGACUUCAGUUUCGAAAGGAGCUGAUGGUUUACCUGCUUUGUUUUGUCCUUAUUCAAUAAAGGAACAUAAUGUUACACAUUGUGUUUUUAUAUUCAUAUGGAAUGUGUAUUUGUUUAUAUGACAGAGUACUAGGGCCACACUGAAGAAAAAGGAUAAAGUCAUACAUUUAUGAGGCUGGUUCUUUCUGCAGAAAAGCUACAUAUUGUUUUUACAGUUUUGAUACUUAUGACAAUGUGAUACUUAAUAUUCUGGCACAUCAGCAUGUCUUUGUUUAUGAAACCAUACUGAAGUACAAUUUCAUGAAAUGCCCCACAUCUGUCAAUUUAACAACUGUCCUCCUUUAAAACAACUGGUUACAAUA